AUGUUUGAUUUUCGUCGUUACGAAACGCAGGCGCCUCCGUCCGCUGUCGGCACGCUAGCCGCAGCGCCCAGGCAGCCGGGUAUGUUUGUCCAGAUGGCGUCUACAGCCGCUGGGGUGGCAGUAGGCUCGGCGGUAGGCCACACAAUCACCCAAGCCAUGACUGGAGGUUUCAGCGGAGGACACUCAGAGCCUGCCAGGCCUGACGUCACAUAUAGGUCCUCCAAGAUCUGGAAUCGGUUCUUCUCCACAAUCUUCCUCAGGGUCCGGUCACCUCUUCUCGUUGAGCCAUACCAGGCCCAGCCUGUGUACCAGCAGGGGGCCCCUCAGCAGCAGCAGCAGCAGGCCUGCUCCUACGAGCUCAGGCAGUUUGUGGCCUGUGCCCAAAAGGAAAGCGACCUCAAGCUGUGCGAGGGCUUCAAUGAGGCGCUCAAAAAGUGCAUGUCUGCUAAUGGUGAGUGA